AUGCCGUCUCCGGCCUCGUCGAGCGUUCCCCUCCCCGUCCCGCCCUCGACACCACAGGCUCCUCAGACACCAGCCAAGCACUCCUCGGCAGCAACAGAUGCGAGCUCGCUGUUGACAACACCUGGACCUGGCCCGGGCCGGCGCCCGCAUGUCCUCUCCCCAGCCUAUACAAACUCGCGCCGACACUCGCUGUACGGUAUCGAGGACCGCGUCGUGAUCGAUCCAGGUUCGCGCGCGUGGAAGGUCGGAUUUUCAGGCGAGCCUGACCCCCGUGCCGUCUUCUGGUCGGCCCGCGAUGCCGGGAGGAUUGGCGCCGGCGAGAUGUGGGACCUCGACCUGGCUGCCGUGCAUGGCGCUCGCGGGAGCAGGACCGAAGCGAGGCGGUUGGUCACAGCUAGGAUUGACAGGAAGCUGCGUGAUGUGUUUCACCGACACCUCCUGGCAGACGCAAAGGCGCGCAAGGUCAUUGUGGUCGAGAACACGUUCCUCCCGACCUAUGUCAAGGAGGAGAUUGCGCGUGCACUGUUCGAUGACCUCAAGGUCCCGUCAGUGGCAUUUACGCCUGCCAGCCUGCUUGCUCUGGCCAGUUGUGGACGCGUCACUGGUCUGGUUGUUGACUGUGGUUGGCUCGAGACGACCGUAACUCCUGUCUACUGCUCUCGCCCUCUGUACCAUCUCGCGCGCUCGAGCCCCCUAGCGGGCCGCGCCACCCAGAAACGCCUCUGUGCUCUCUUGCGACACUAUGGCCAGUAUCGGCCACCAGGUCGCGUCAGCUCGCCUCUUCCCCCCGCAGGCGUGCACCUUGCCUUGCUGUCCGACCGUGUUGUCGAGCGUGUGCUCUCAGAGGCGUGCUUUGUUGCUCCUACUGGCCCAACCACUACGCCAUGUGCGUCCACUGCCGAGCCGGCCGAGCAGCUCCAGGAGAUCGACGAUGCAGCACUCAUGGCUGCCCUUUCGGACAGAUACCAGCCCUCCACCGCCGCCGAUUGGCAUCUCGCCAUUCCAGACUCGCGUGGCGUGGGGCCUGCAGCGGCCCUAAUCGUACCCGGAUGGAUGCGUGAGCGCGCCGCAGAGGUCCUGUUCGGAGAUGGCCCAGAAGAGGUCCCUUCGGUUUCUGAGCUCGUCCUGGAUACGCUUCUGAAGCUGUCCUCGGCCGUCCUCGUCACUGGCGGCACGGCAAGUCUGCCAGGCAUGGUCGCGCGUCUGCGCGACGAUGUGCUGCACCACCUCCACGAUCCCGAGAGCACUGAUCAGCCAAUGGACCACCGUGCCGAGCUCGCCGCGUAUCGCCACCGGGUGGCCAACAAGUACGCUCCCCUGCAUGGUCUCGGACGCAAGUUUGCUGUCCUCAACGACCCCUCUCCUCUCGACAGCACAUCAGGCAGCAGUAAAGGAGGAAGCGCGCCACGCUGGGCUCCGAGCCUCAUGGCAUGGGUUGGCGGCAGUCUUGCAGGCAUUCUCAAGACCUCUGCGCCAGAAAUCGCGCGCGAGGACUAUGACACCCGCAUGGCCGACAGCCAGACACGCGGAGAUGUCUUCCGUACCGCUCUCGAAGAAGAACGCGACGGCGAGCCUGCUGCCGCCGUGGGACUGGCCCUCAACGACAUGGGACCCGGUAUGGCUGUUGGUGGUAUUCUUGGGCCACUCAGGAAGCGCGGAUGGGUCGACACUGGCGCCGUGCCAGACUGGACAACGGCCAGUGUCCGGGCCGGUGUGUAA